AUGGCUCUCUUAUCAAAAGCCAUUCUGGCCGUGUUGGUCUUGACCGCCACGGCUGUCCUGCUUCCAAAGCUAACAGGCGCUCUCCUCGGGUUGAUCUUUCGGGGAGUGGGCUGGCUGAUCCGAAGACGAAGUCGGUCUCGUCGCGAAUACGUGAUCGCGCGGGCGCGAUCAGAGGAAGAGCAACUACGCGCUCCACGCCCAAAGGCUUCAACAACUUCACUGUCGCGAAAUGGUGCUGAAGAUGAGGACUGGGAGAAGGUGGACAGCUCGGGCCCAAGUGGGGUUCAGACAGCGACAAGCAGCGAGAGCAGCAGUAAUGCUGGAGAAAAUACCAACAGCUCAGAUAAUUGGGACGGUAUCAUAGGUUUCUUCCAUCCGUUCUGUAACGCCGGUGGCGGUGGUGAACGAGUGUUGUGGGAAGCAGUCCGUGCAACCCAAAGGCGUUGGCCGAAGGCAAUCUGUGCCAUCUAUACGGGUGAUCAUGAAGUCAACAAAGUCGCUAUGCUGGAGCGGGUGGAGAACCGGUUCAACAUUCAACUACACGCCCCGACUGUGGUACUAUUGUAUCUGACGACCCGAAAGUAUGUCGUUAGUAGCUCAUACCCUUACAUGACGCUGCUGGGACAAUCCCUGGGAUCGCUGGUUGUUGCCUAUGAUGCCCUCACCCUCCUCGUUCCCGAUGUUUUUGUUGACACCAUGGGCUACGCAUUCACACUGGCGUUUUGUAAAUGGCUCUUCCCUACAGUACCAGUCGGUGCUUACGUUCACUAUCCAACUAUCUCGACCGACAUGCUUGCUUCUCUUGAUGACGAGAGUGGAGUACAAGGCAUCAACUCAGGCGCUGGUAAAGGGUUCAAGGGAACGAUCAAACGCCAUUACUGGGAGAUUUUUGCCAAGAUAUAUGGCUGGGUUGGUCGACAAGUUGACGUGGUUAUGUGCAACUCUUCCUGGACCGCAGCGCAUAUCCGCACGCUUUGGGGAACCGGUAACAGAACUAGUUCUAGCACUGGUGACGGUACUGCCUCAUCGCCGGCAGUAGUAUUCCCCCCCACAGCAGUCUCGGAACUGGAAUCAACAAUAACAGUCGACGCCGAAAGUGAGAAGACUCGUGAGCCCGUACUGCUUUACAUUGCUCAAUUCCGACCUGAAAAGAACCACCCGCUGGUUUUGCGAUCAUUUGCACGCUUCCUGCAAGAGAGAUCCAGCAACCCAGCCUACGCAGGUCAACCACAACCGCGUCUCGUACUUAUCGGAUCUGUCCGCCAUGCUAGCCCUGACGAAACACAUAUUUACAAUCUGCGCCUCUUAGCCCAUGAGCUUCGCAUCCGCGAUCAAACUACAUUUGUGUGUGACGCCAGCUGGCCUGCCAUGCUGUCUCACCUCGCUACUGCCUCUGUUGGCGUCAACGGCAUGUGGAACGAGCACUUUGGUAUUUGCGUUGUUGAAUACCAGGCUGCUGGUUUGAUCUGCGUUACCCACGACUCUGGUGGUCCACGCGAAGACAUUGUUAUCGAUCUUGGAGAUGGAGCUACUGGUUUCCGAGCCGAGACCGAAGAGCAGUUCGCUGCUUCUUUCGAGGCGGCACUUGCUUUGCCAGAGGAGGAGAAGAUCGCAAUGCGGCUGCGGGCACGUCGCUCUGCUCUGCGGUUUACCGAAGAAGAGUUCUCUCGCAAGUGGCUUGAUCAGGUGCAGAAGCUCGUCAAAUUGGCCAAAUAG